AUGGGUUUCUUCAAGAGGUGCGACACGAAAGAGAUUGUCCCGCUCAUGCUCGAGAAUGACAAAGACGCUGCCCGCCUCCUCCUCUGUGUCUCUCCUCGCCGGUCGUCGCUCCAAGUCGCAGAUCUCAUCGCCGCGGUUGUAGUGGCCGAACAAGACGAAGAGAAGCUGCAGCGGCCGGCUGCAGUGUGGCCUCGCCGGAGGAGAGCGUCGAUCGCCGUGGACGACACAGAGCCCUCUUCGGCGGCGCUGUUCGGCAGCCGCUGCGGCGGCGACGAGGGGGCGGUGGCGGCGGCGCCGGUGGAGGAGCUGGUAGAGAGCGUGGACGGGUUCGCGGGCGUGUUCCCGGAGCACAAGCAUGAGAUAGUGCGGCUCUUGCAGGCGAACGGCCACAUGUGCGGGACGAUGGGCGACGGCGUGAACGACGCGCCGGCGCUGAAGAAGGCCGACAUUGGCAUCGCGGUGUCGGACGCGGCGGACGCCGCCCGGGCCGCCACCGAAAUCGUGCUGACGGAGCCCGGCCUCGGUGUCAUCGUCUGCGCCGUCUUCACCAGCUGCGCCAUCUUCCAGCGCAUGAAGAACUACACGAUUUACGCCGUGUGCAUCACCAUACGGGUAGUUGUUGGGUUUGUUCUUCUGGUGUCGAUAUGGGAGUACGACUUUCCGCCAUUCAUGGUGCUCAUCAUAGCCAUACUCAACGAUGGGACGAUCAUGGCGAUAUCCAAGGACCGGGUGACGCCGUCGCGGAGCCCGGACAGUUGGAUGCUGAACGAGAUAUUCGCCACCGGGGUCAUCAUCGGCGCCUACCUCGCGCUGGCCACGGUGCUCUUCUACUGGGCAGUCACCAGAACCACAUUCUUUGAGGUUAGCACAUCCAAGGCUGAACCGAUGAACAUCUCUGUUGAUCUGUACUUCGGGAGAAAGAGAGAAAUUUUGCUUUCAGACUGAGAGACACACACAUUGUUAUUUCAGCCAAUCAUUUAUAUAUGUAUUAUUGGUGGAUUGCACCGUGAAUAAAAACCUGAUGGUCAUGUUCGACAUCA